GACUACAGAGGGCGCAUCCCCGCCCCCCGAUCGAUAGACCCCUUACCAUGUCGAUGGCGGCGGCGGCAGCAGUGGCGAUGGCGCCGGCGGCAGCUGCGGCCACGAAGGCCUCCAAAACCUCUAUAUAUUCCCAUAAAACCCUCUCGCCUCUUUUCUUCACCCCCAGUCUCCGAUUCCCAACCCGCCCUUACUUUGCGAAAUACCCCUCCUUCUCACGAUCUGCCCCCGAGACCCUCCUCCUCUCCACCGCCCCCCGCGCAACCGUCACCCCUUCGUCCCCCUCGCCGACCACCUACCACGGUCCCUGCUACGUCCUCGGCAACAACAUCGACACGGACCAGAUCAUCCCGGCCGAGCACCUGACCCUUGUCCCCUCCAAGCCUGACGAGUACCGCAAGCUCGGUUCCUUCGCCCUCUGCGGCCUCCCUUCCACCGCCUAUCCCGUCCCUUUCAUCGCCCCGGGCGCUGAGGGCACUCGCUUUCCGAUCGUCAUCGCUGGCGCCAACUUCGGUUGCGGCUCCUCCCGCGAGCACGCCCCUGUCGCCCUCGGCGCCGCCGGUGUCCGGGCCGUCGUCGCCGAGUACUAUGCUCGGAUCUUCUUCCGGAACUCCGUCGCUACCGGCGAGAUCUACCCCUUGGAGUCUGAAGAGACGGGGAUCUGGAAGGAGUGUAACACCGGGGACAUCGUGACCGUCGAUCUCGCCGAGAACCUGUUGAUCAACCAUACCACGGGAAAGGAGUACCGGUUGAAGCCGAUCGGAGACGCGGGGCCGGUGAUCGAGGCUGGGGGGAUCUUCGCCUAUGCGAGGAAGACUGGGAUGAUUGCUUCGGCAUCGACGGCUUAAAGUAAAGGCCGGUGGAGCUCUGUUCGUCAGUGUUGGUAGCAGUUAUGGGACUCAGGCUAGAGCAACUUUACAUGGAGAUCUGGGAUCGUCGUUCUUCUAAUAAUUGACAGAAUUAGUGCUUUCCUCUUUGAGCACAAAAUAUAGGACAUCAUACUCUCACUGCAUCUCCUAUCAGAUUUGUCAGUUUCUCUUGAUGAAUUAUAGCUGUCAUCUAUUUAGUCUUUAUUGCUCCAUGUAACUAUGUUACUCUAUUUGAGUUGCAAGAUCAUCUAUGCAUCUCUAUAAAUGAUAGAGCCUAGGAAGGGGGAACUCGUUUUGUAUCUCUAUGUAUAAAUGAUUAGUGUUAUCUUUAUGUCCACAUGUGAUGUGGAACUGCAACUUGUUUGGAUGUCUGGAAUAAGCAUUAAAUGCAGAUUUGGCUUGUUCAUG